AUGGGCAAGAAACGACCCCAGUCACUGCCCCCGGUGGCCACCGACAAGGUCAUACCGCUCAACUCCUACGAUGACAAUGAUGUCAACGCCUCCAUCGUGCUGUACUUUAUGAUCCGCUUCGACGAUGUCCUCGACCCCGAGAAGUUGCGCGCCGCGUUUGAAAAGCUUUUGAACCGGGAAGGGUGGAGGAAGUUAGGCGCAAGGCUCAGGAUCAACGCUGCCGGCAAGCUAGAGUACCACGUCCCCGAACAGUACAACGAGAAGCGCCCCGCCUUCGCCUACAGCCACGUCAAACACGACAUGCCCAUCGCGAAGCACCCCCUCGGAUCCCAGGUCCCUAGCGGGUACGCGGGUGAAGGUCCAUCAGUCGUGAUCGAACCGAGAAAAGUCGCGGAUCUGGCGGGCGUCGAGACCGGGCCCAAGGUGCUGGCGGACUACGUCGGGCAGGACAGAGGCCAGCUGGGCCUCCACAUCGAAUCCUUUACCGACGCGACCUUGGUCACGCUGAACUGGUUGCACACCCUGUGGGACGCCAUGGGUCGGAGAGAGUUCCUCCUGUCGUGGAUCGCCAUCCUUGAGGGCCGCGACGACGACGUGCGCCCCUUCCACGGCUUCGAUACCGACCCGCUUAAGGAGCUGGGACUGCACCCCAAGGAACCCUACGAGCUAGCCAAUCGCAGACUCUCCCUAUUUCAACUCAUCAUCUUUGGACUCCGACGCUUCUGGGAGGAGUGGAGGCACGAAGAGGGUGGUCGAGUUCUCUGCGUCCCUAGUUCUUUCUUGCAGAAGCUUCGCGAGCAGGCUAUGGCCGAUCUCAAAGAAGAAGCCGCCAAGGACAGUCGCAAGGUCGACGAAGACUUCUUCCUCAGUGAUGGCGACCUGCUCGUCUCUUGGAUUGGUCGCUCCAUCGUUAAGCACUCGCCCAUCAGGCACAGCCGGACCAUAGCCUUCUUCAACGCCUUCGGCAUGCGUGGCCUCCUGCAAAAGGACGGCACGCUACCUUCAGAUGAGGCCUACGUCUCGAACUGCGUAACCUCCGUAUAUACCCUCGUCUCCGCCGGCGACGUCGUGAACCGUCCCCUCGGCUACACCGCAUCGAGGAUAAGGCAGACCCUCAAGGUGCAGGGAACGCGCGAGCAGCUCGAGGCCGGUCUGGCUCUCAUCAAGGAGUCGUACGAGGCGACGGGCUAUCCUGCCAUCUUUGGCGACGCCACCAUGCAAAUGGUGAUUAUAUCCAACUGGUCCAAGGCCAGAUUCUUCGAGAUGGACUUCUCCGCGGCCAUCGUCGAAGGGUCGGGCGACCCGUCCAGGGAGGGUUCGAAGAAGCGCGGCAAACCUACUUAUAUCCAGCCUGUCGGCUACUCGGACUACUCGAAGAGGUGCGCGUUCAACGUGUCUGGGAAGGAUAAUGACGGUAACUACUGGCUGGCCGGUGGUUUGAGGAAAGCGGCCUGGGAGCGCAUGGAGGAGGCCUUAAAGCGCGGUGAAUACUAA